AUGUCUAAGAUCUACGUCGGAAACCUUUCAUGGCACACCAGCGACGAGUCGCUGCGCGCGGCCUUCGGUGAGUACGGCAACAUUGUCGACUCUAUCGUCAUGGUUGACCGUGAGACUGGUCGCUCCCGUGGAUUCGGCUUCGUCACCUUCUCUUCCGCUGAGGAGGCCGAGGCUGCCAUCAACGCUCUUAACGAGCAGGAUCUCGAUGGUCGUCGCAUCCGCGUCAACCUCGCCAACGCCCGCCCCAGCGGUGGUGGUGGCUUCGGUGGCGGCGGUGGUGCCGGCGGUGCCGGUGGUGGCCGUUGGUAA